GCGAGGAAGGCAGACUCGGGGAGAGCGAUCUGGAGCAGCAUGGAGCCCUCUGCAGACAGACUAGCCAGGGCGGCGGCUCAGGGCCGUGAGCACGAGGUGCGGGCACUGCUGGAAGCCGGGGCUUCGCCCAACGCCCCGAACUCUUUUGGUCGUACCCCGAUUCAGGUGAUGAUGAUGGGCAACGUCCAAGUAGCAGCUCUGCUGCUCUUCUACGGUGCAGAAUCGAACUGCGCCGACCCUACCACCCUCUCUCGACCGGUGCACGACGCAGCGCGGGAGGGCUUCCUGGACACGCUGGUGGUGUUGCACCAGGCAGGGGCGCGUCUAGAUGUGCGCGAUGCCUGGGGUCGCCUGCCGCUCGACUUGGCCGUGGAGCGGGGACAUCACGACGUCGUGCGGUAUUUGAGUUCCGCGGAGAACGUCGCCCAGGUCGACAGGCAUAGCUUCUGCUUAGGCACGCCCAGGUACCUAGGACUUCGCGGCCAAUCCCAGGAGUAGAGCUAAAUCCUGCCUUAGCCCGCCUUUUUCCUUUUUCUCCUUAGCUUCACUUUAUAGCGAUGCAUAUCUUC